AUGGUGAAUCAAACCUCAGUGACUGAAUUUAUCCUCCUUGGAGUAACAGACAUACAAGAGCCUCAGCCUUUUCUCUUUGUAAUUUUCCUCACUAUCUACUUUGUCAAUGUGGCUGGGAAUGGAGCCAUCUUGACAGUCGUCAUUUCUGAUUCAAGACUUCACUUACCUAUGUAUUUCUUCCUGGGAAACCUGGCUUGUCUAGAUAUCUGCUACUCCACAGUGACACUGCCAAAGAUGCUGGAGAACUUAAUCUCUACAGACAAAGCCAUUUCUUUCUUGGGAUGCAUAAGCCAGCUCCAUUUCUUCCAUUUCCUGGGUACCACAGAGUCCCUCCUGCUGGCUGUGAUGGCAUUUGACCGCUUUGUAGCUAUCUGUAUACCGCUUCGUUACCCUGUCAUCAUGAAUCCUCAGCGCUGUGCCCUGAUGGCUGUCACUGCCUGGACCAUUGCUUUUCUCCAUGCUCUGCUGCACUCCGUAAUGACGUCUCGCUUGAACUUCUGUGCUUCCAACCAGAUCCGUCACUUCUUCUGUGAUGUGAAACCCUUGCUGGAGCUGGCCUGUCAGAACACAGAGUUCAACCUGUGGCUGCUCAAUACUGUCACAGGGACCAUUGCUUCAGUCCCUUUCUUUCUGACACUGCUCUCCUACUUCUACAUCAUCAUGUAUCUCUUCCUCAAGACCCACUCUUGCAGCAUGCUGCACAAAGCAUUGUCCACAUGUGCCUCCCACUUCAUGGUAGUUAUUCUUUUCUUUGCUCCUGUUGUCAUCACCUACAUCCGACCUGCCUCAGGGAGCUCCAUGGACCAGGACCGGAUCAUUGCCCUCAUGUACAGUGUGGUGACUCCUGUGCUAAAUCCACUGAUCUACACUUUGAGGAACAAGGAAGUGAAGGGUGCCUUAAACAGGUUCAUCAAAAGGAAGCUAUGCCUCAGAGAGACAUAA